ACACGCCCCCUGCUUCCUUACCAGAUUCCCAGAUCUUCUUUGGAAAAGCGUCGUCGAAGCCCCACUGUUGAGAGAUGGCAGCUGCAGGUUUUGAACCCGGUGCCGGGCGGGGAAUCAUGGCUGCAGAACAAGAGGCUGAAGAAACUGUUUCUCAAGAGCUGCACAGGGCCUCUGAACUGAGGAUCGUGCUGCUUGGGGGAAGCUUGUAUUGUGGGGCUGGGAGGACUGAAGCAGGAAACACCAUCCUGGGCAGAGACGAGGGUAGAUCUGGAUUCAGCCUCUCUAGAGGAACGAGGGAGUGUGAGAAGAGAACAGGGGAAGUGUCUGGGAGACGGGUCACUGUGGUCGACACUCCAGACUUGUUAGACACAGACCAGGUCGAGAUUGAGAGAUGUGUUUCUCUGUCUGCCCCGGGACCCCAUGCUUUCCUCCUGGUGAUACCCGUGUAUCCAGAAGAAAUGAUUGACACUGUGUGUGAGUUUAUAGAAGAAGAGUAUUGCAAGUCCUUUGAUAAAGUGCAGGAGCUGUUUGGUGAGAGAGCUGAGAGGAACACGAUGAUCCUUUUCACCCACGGGCAAUAUCUGGAAGGCAGGACGAUUGAGGAGCACAUUGAGGAAGCUGGUGAGGAGCUCCAGCAGCUUGUUGAGAAAUGUAAUUACAGGUAUCAUGUUCUCAAAAAUAUGGAGUGGAGCGAUCGCACUCAGGUCACACAGCUCCUGGACAAGAUAGACAACAUGGUGAAGGGAAAUGGAGGUGGCUAUUUCACCAAUGAGAUGUACCAGGAAGCAGAGAGAUGGAAUAGACUAAAGGAACAGGAGCUGAAUGAGAAACACAAAGAGGAACUAAGGAGGAGAGAAGAGGAGAUGAAACAGAAAUAUAAGGAGGAACAGAGGAGGAGAGAAGAGGAGAUGAAACAGAAAUAUGAGGAGGAACAGAGGAGGAGAGAAGAGGAGAUGAAACAAAAAUAUGAGUGGGAACAGUGUUGGAGAGAAGAGAUGAAACAGAAAUAUGAGGAGGAACAGAGGAGGAGAGAAGAGGAGUUGAAACAGAAAUAUGAGGAGGAACAGAGGAAGAGAGAAGAGAAGUUAAAAGAGAAAUAUGAGGUGGAACAGAGGAGGAGAGAAGACGAGCUGAAACAGAAAUAUGAAGAGGAACAGAGGAGGAGAGAAGAGGAGAUGAAACAUAAAUUUGAGGAGGAACAGGAGAGGAGAUGAAACAGAAAUGAGGAGGAAAGAAAAGGGUAUUUGUUUAAUCAUUGAGUAAAUGACCUGUAUUUUAUUAUUAAAAUAUACUGAAAUGCCCAUCCGUAGUCUAAACGUGAUUUUAAAUGUCAGCUUUACUUACCAAAGGGUAUACAUGUAAAAGUUAUAUUUUUCGUUUUUCAAACAUUACUUAAAAGAAUAACUUUAAAAUAUCUAAUAAUAAUAAUUAUAAAAACAUUUUUAAAAUGUACUCAAUAGUAAUACGCUUUUCCGCCAAAACAUGUUGCAGGUUAUUGCUAUAAUUAUGUUUAAAAGGUUUGAUGAUAUUUCAUGUCUAAAUGUGUUUGGUAUAAGUAAUGAUGUUUUGCAGUUUGUAUCUUGUGAUUAAACAAAAUCAUUUUGAAAUUUCAA